UCCACGCUAAGAUCGUAUAUUUUUGGAGCUGCAGAAAUGGUGGGUCCUAGCUACAAAUGGACUUUUGGAAUGAUGCCAAAAUCCAUGCUGGACUAAUUGUGCUGGACCGGAACCGCCUCUGAUGAUGUCUCCAAGGAUGAGAGUCUACACUAAGUCGGUAUUGCUGUUCCACUGGCUCUUCCUGGCCUAUGUGCUCAUGCUGUGCUGUAAGCUGAUGUCUGCCUCGAGCCAGCACCUUCGAGGACACGCAGGCCCCCACCAAAUCAAGCAAGGGACCUGUGAGGUGGUUGCCGUGCACCGAUGCUGCAAUAAGAACCGCAUAGAAGAGCGCUCACAAACUGUCAAGUGUUCCUGCUUCCCAGGGCAGGUUGCCGGCACAACCCGGGCUCAGCCUUCUUGUGUUGAAGCUUCCAUUGUGAUUCAGAAAUGGUGGUGUCACAUGGAGCCCUGCCUGGAGGGUGAGGACUGUAAAGUGCUGCCCGAUUACUCAGGUUGGUCCUGCAGCAUUGGCAAUAAAGUCAAAACUACAAAGGCAAACAGUAAGCAUUGUGAAACCAUGAGCAAUACCAGCUCAGUUCUAAUAACUGUGUUUGGACUAAAAAUUGAUGUAAAAGAACAAAUGAUAAUCAAACCAAAUUCUGCUUUAUUACAUCCCUAUGGAGUGAUCAUCGUGGAUGUUGAUUUUCUAACUCAAAAGAAAGCCUUUUCAGUGAGAGUACCUGAUGAUAUAAUUAGCUACAAGUACUUAGCUGACUUUGGCUGUGCCUGGUACGGAGGAUAA